AUGUCUUCUUGCUCAUUCUACGAGUGUAAAGAAUGUGAGAUCUAUCUUGAUCUUGGUUGUGCACUCUUGAAUAACAUUGUCACGGGUUGGGAAUUAAGAGAAAUGCUUCAUUACAGCCAUGAACACUUGCUUAGAAGGUGUAGACCAGGACCACAUGCUAGAGGCUCGUGCCUGCUUUGUGAGCUUCCUCUUUCUCCUUCCUCCAUAUGUUACGGUUGUGUUUACUGUUACUCGUUUUUCCACGAGAGUUGCCUUCAUCUUCUGACAGAGAUUCGACAUCCCGUGCAUCCGGAACACCUGCUUAGAUGGAUUGAUUACAUAAGAAGUGGUGGUCGAACAGUUUGUAAUGCGUGUAGGGAUCAAAUUUACAGUGUUCCGUUUAGUUGCCUAGAAUGCAGAUUUGACAUUCAGAUGAGGUGUGCUGAUUCCUUGUUGCGGGGUUUGAUGCACAAGUCUCAUGAGCACAAAUUGUUUUAUGUAUCGCCAAAUGCGAAACAUCUAGUAAGAGGAGAUAAUCCAUGUCAAAUAUGCAAUGGAACUGCAUCGAAUCCUCUCGUGUGUAAAAUAAUCCCACAAGAAGAUGAUUCUUUGGAGUAUUGUGGCGUUUGCGAGACAAUGGUACACGCAGGACAUCAUGUGUAUUCGUGCCAAGAAUGUGAUUUUCUUGGUCACAUCGAAUGCAUUCUACGUGAGGUUAAUGAUAUCAGGCAUAUUCAUGUGAUGAAAGGUGUGGACAUGUGUGAGAUUCGUCAAGAAGAAAAUUGCGACAUAUGUAAGGAAAUGCGAGACAUGCAGCUUCCAGAUAGACAAUUUAUGUGCAGAGUUGGGGAAACCAUCAAGACAUCGGUGUCAUUGGAACCACACAUUGACACUCUUGCCAAAACCCCUUGUAAGGGAUAUGAUGAGUUGUGA